CAACUGGUCUCUGACAAGUAAUUUCCUUUACUUAUCUUCUCUCUCCAUAAUUAUUUCAAAAAAAUCCACAGCAGAAGGUAACCAAUGAACAGUAGUUAAAAGAAAAUGGGAAAUGCAUUGAAGUCUCUAUACGGCCAAUGCUGUCCUGAACCACCAACCGCCACCACUACCGGCGGCGGCACUGGUACUGAUCAACCACUUGGCCACUCCGCCCUUGCCCAACACCUCUAUCACUUUGAAAUCACCUCCCAGGUUCCUGAAGAUCUGACAUGGAGGGAAUCAAAGCCUCCACCAAAAACACCUGAAGAGGCUUCCAUGCUUGUAGUUCAUACACUACACAGACGUCAAACAGCUGAUCUUGAGGGAUUAUUAUCAUUCUACGGUCUCCCAUUUCUUGAUUCGCUAGUUGAAGUCACCGCCGGUGAAACUCCACCGCUUUCCGACGGUUUCAAGUUCGAAUUGCACACGCUUCCGGUGGAUCCAAGGGCAGUAGCAGAUGGCGAUGGUGUAACAGUGUAUGUUAGAACGACAGAUGCUUGGGGGUCGACACGUGUCCCCCCAGAGAUACAAAUGGCAGCAGAUGAACGCAAGAAAGCACGUGCUCAAAGGAACUACGCUAAAGCAGAUGCACUAUACACCCUAAUCAAAGAUGCAGGCUAUGGGGUGCUACAUAUAAAAAACGAGGAAAUUCUAGCCCGAAAGUAUAGGAUCAGACUAAGGGGAAUAGAUGCACCUGAAAAUGCAAUGCCUUAUGGGAAAGAGGCGAAGGAUGAAUUGGUGAAGAUAAUUGAUGGGAAGUGUUUGAAGAAUUUGAUAUUUGAUGAAGAAUAUGGGCGUUUUGUUGGGGAUAUGUAUUGUGAUGGCAUAUUUGUACAGGAAACGAUGCUGAAGAAAGGACUUGCAUGGCAUUACACUGCUUAUGAUAAACGACCGGAAUUAGAGAAGUGGGAGAAAAGUGCGAGAGCUAAGAGAAUUGGGUUGUGGGCUUCAUCAAAUCCUGAAAUGCCAUGGGAAUGGAGGAAGAAUCGAAGAAUCUAUGAGAACUCGGAUAGGUGGCUUAAGUUAUGUUUGUUCACUUUAUUUGGGGCUAUUUUGUCUUUCUAUAUUUCGUUAAUCAAAUAGAAAAUGACAAUGUGCAUGAAAUAGCAAAUAUGUUUUGUGUUGUUUUUUUAAUGAUACCGGUGAUGU